CAUGUGGGAAGCCUCUUUUUCCGGGCGUCGGAGGAGCAGGAGCUAAGCGGUGGCGGUGGGAGAAAACCGGAGGGCUGAGCCAUGCCUAAAGGAGGGAAGCAACAUCACGCCCAGGAGGAAUGGAUCGGGGACGGGGAGGAGAAGACAUGCCCCGCGCAAGGAGCUGGAGACAAACUAGUAAAGAAGGGAAAGAAGGAUAAAAAGACAAAAAAAUCGGGAGGAAAUGUGUUCGCUGCCCUGAACCAGGAGCAGAGUGAAGAGGAGGAGGAAGUAGAAGAAGAAGAAAAAAUAUCAAAGCCCAUCAAACUUGAUAGGGAUAAGAGCAACAAGGCAGCCCCUGGUGAUGAAGAAACAAAGAAACCAGGAAAAAAAG